CUGUAAGGUGUCAGGAUGUGGCGGUCUAUCUCUCCAUGAAGGAGUGGGAGUAUGUAGAAGGACACAAGGAUCUGUACAAGGAGGCCAUGAUGGAGGCUCCCCGGCCUCUGACAUCACCAGAAAAUUCCAAUAAGGACUCUGAGGAAAACUUCAUGUUAUCAGUAGAUUAUAAAGUAGAAGAUGAAGUUAUUGGACAGCGCUCUUCAGGAGAAAACCUCAUAAAUGUAUCACUAGAUUAUAAAGUAGAAGAUGAAGAUAUCGGGCAGCGCUCUUCAGGAGAAAACCUCAUAAAUGUAUCACUAGAUUAUAAAGUAGAAGAUGAAGAUAUCGGGCAGCGCUCUUCAGGAGAAAACCUCAUAAAUGUAUCACUAGAUUAUAAAGUAGAAGAUGAAGAUAUCGGGCAGCGCUCUUCAGGAGAAAACAUCAUAAAUGUAUCACUAGAUUAUAAAGUAGAAGAUGAAGAUAUCGGGCAGCGCUCUUCAGGAGAAAAAUUCAUAAAUGUAUCACUAGAUUAUAAAGUAGAAGAUGAAGAUAUCGGGCAGCGCUCUUCAGGAGAAAACCUCAUAAAUGUAUCACUAGAUUAUAAAGUAGAAGAUGAAGAUAUCGGGCAGCGCUCUUCAGGAGAAAACCUCAUAAAUGUAUCACUAGAUUAUAAAGUAGAAGAUGAAGAUAUCGGGCAGCGCUCUUCAGGAGAAAACAUCAUAAAUGUAUCACUAGAUUAUAAAGUAGAAGAUGAAGAUAUCGGGCAGCGCUCUUCAGGAGAAAAAUUCAUAAAUGUAUCACUAGAUUAUAAAGUAGAAGAUGAAGAUAUCGGGCAGCGCUCUUCAGGAGAAAACCUCAUUGCCUAUAAUGUCCAUCCAGGACUUCACAGUGCAGAUCUAUCAUAUGAUCUGCUCGAACACGAGGAACCUUCUGCUGACCAAUCACAGAUUGCAACCACAAGUACUGACCAGAAAGAGGGUAAAAGAUAUCAGUGUGGGGAAUGUGGAAAACAGUUUACACAACGCUCAGGUCUUCAUAGCCACAGAAGAAUUCACACAGGAGAGAAGCCAUAUUCAUGUUCAAUAUGUGGAAAAUGUUUUGCAUAUAAAUCGCUAGUUGUAAAGCAUGAGAGAAUACACACAGGAGAGAAGCCCUAUUCAUGCCCAGAAUGUGGGAAAUGUUUUACAAAUAAAUCAGAUCUCGUUAAACAUCACAGGCGUCACACAGGAGAGAAGCCAUAUUCGUGCAGAGAGUGUGAUAAAUGUUUUAUUACUAAAGACAUCCUCAAGGUUCAUCAGAGAAGUCACACAGGAGAGAAACCAUUUAAAUGUUCACUAUGUGGGAAAUGUUUUGCAGAUAAAUCCGGUUUUUCCAAACAUCAGCUAUAUCACACAGGAGAGAAACCAUUUUCAUGUUCAGAAUGUGGGAAGGGUUUUACAAGUAAAUCAGAUCGUGUUAUACAUGAGAGAAUUCACACAGGAGUGAAGCCAUAUGUAUGUAUGGAAUGUGGUAAAGGUUUUACAUGUAAAUCAGAUCUUAUUAAACAUGAGAGAACUCACACAGGAGAGAAGCCAUAUUCUUGUUUUAAAUGCGGGAAAAGUUUUAAAACUAUAUCAGAUCUUCGUAAACAUGAGAGGACUCACAUAGCAUAGCCGUAUUCAUCUUCAGAAUGUGGAAAAUGGUUUAUUACUAAAUACAAACUCAAACAACAUUCACACAUGAGAAAAAGUUACAUGUACAGUGUAAAAUGUUUACCUUCUAAAACCACCCUCAAGGUUCCCUAGGGAAGUCACACAGGAGAGAAGCCGUAUUCAUGUUCAGAAUGUGAGAAAUGUUUUAUUUAUAAAGACAACCUGAAUGUUUAUCAAAGAAGUCACACAGGAGAGAACCCAUAGUCAUGUUCACUGUUGAUUAUAUUACUUCUAUUUAUAUAUUUAUCUGUAGAACAUUUUCUUGUUACACAUUAGUGAAUUCACCCUGGGGCAAAACAAUAUGAGAUUUUUUUAUGUGGAAAAUGCUUUAUAAGAAAGUCAAAUUUUUAAACUACUCAGAGAGUUCACAAAAAAGAAACCAUACUCUUGCUAGGAAGAAGAGAAAGUUUAGCAGAAAAUUUUUUUUUUUAGCCAAUCAGGUUAUUCACAGAUAUUAAAUGGACAAUGUUUUGGAUGGAAUUAGCCUGCAUCUGCCAAAUACCCAAAUGAUAUUUCCCUGAAGUCAACAGUGAUCGGGAUCUGUGGAGGAAAUGCAUUGUGGAUAUGAGGAAGAGAAGAAGAGUUGCCUGUCAGAGCAGUGAAGAUGAAGCCCCCAUGAACCUUGCUUCUUCUUACUAUAUUCAUACCUCCACCCACACUGCAGGGGAUCCAGAGGACACAGUAAAGGAGGAAGGACCUCCCAUGUGGACAUAUCGAUAUUUGAUCUUAAUUCAUACAGUAUAUAAAGAUAAAGGUGAUGGAAGUGAGGCAAAACAAGACUCGAUUGGAAUUCAUUCUAAUCUGUUUAACCAAGAAACAAAUCUGACAUUUUCUUCUAUAGCUUAAAAACCUCUUUGGCAAAAAACUCCAGCAGGCAUUUAUUAUAGGGUCUCAUCCACACUUGUGUACUCUGGUCAGUAUCUUCUAUCAGGAUUUGUCAGAUAAAACUAGGAGCACCUCUAGAACAUGGAAGACGUGUAAAUCCUUCCAUUCUGCUUUUCUUCAUUAUGUUCUGAUUCCAGGAUUCUCUUACAAUUUCUGAUACAGGAUUCUGACCGAGCUGCUCAAGUGUGAACGAGGCCGCACCGUCUGCUGGUCUCUUAUAUGGGAGGUUUUAUUUCCUUUUCUUCCAUGGAGAUCAUGUACAAAGACCUAUGGGUAGAAUCGGGUGCUCCAUAAAGUGUAACUGUCAUAAGAAUUUUUUUUAUA